CACAUCUACAUUACAUCUACAUCUCCAUCUCAUAUCCCAAACUCACUCACCACCAUCCACAACCAUGGUCUACACAAUAGUCGUACACCUCCGCGCCAAGCCCGGCGCCGAUAACAUCGCUAAGCUGCACGCCAAGCUCAACGAGGCCUCCGCCAUCUACUCCAAAGACCGGGAGACCAUAUCUUGGUUCGUCAUGCAAUCGAUCAACGACCCUCAAGAAUUCACCAUCGUGGAGCGCUUCGAAAACGAGGCGAGCCAGAAGUACCACCUGGAGAACCCGUACUGGAAGACCUUCGACCCCUUCGUGGUGCCUCUACUGGAGAAGCCCAUGGACUUGCGACGCCACGAGGAGUUGUUUUCUAAGCCUGGCGAGGAGGCUUUGCUGAAAUAAAUGACCUAAUGGUCAUUCAUCGUGAAGCGGACUCGUUACUUAUGGCUGCGCUAUAGGUGGUUUUCAUGUUUGCUUCACAUGGGAGUGAGAUGGAUGAGACAUCAUCAUGUAUCUCAUUUAAGCUAAUAUUAUAUCACUUAUAUAGACGGCUUACUGAACGGGGUA